AUGUUGUUUGACGAAUUGGAUCUAACUUUAGAUGAUUUUCGUGAAGUAGAACAUAUUGAAUCCCAAUUUCGUGAGACGGAGAGUCAUUCAAGUGAUAAUGUAGAGGUUAUUCGGUUUUCAAAUCGCCGUGCAAGGAAAAGCUGCAUAGUGCCAUCUGAUACUGAAGACGAAGAAGUCCUUGUACCCUCACCGUCAGAGUCUGGUUACAUUCCAAAUACGGAAUGGCAUGAACCACAAGGUAAAAAACCUAAGGUAAUAACUUACACUGAAAUUUCUGGUUUGAAGCCGAUGCAUUUGCGACACGCUUUAGCUGGCGGUCAACCUGGUGAUUUUUAUAAUUUGAUGGUACCAGAGGCUCUGUUAGAAGAUAUAGCUAGACAGACCAAUAUUUUUGCCGCGCAAGUUUUAUCUAAAAGUCGAUUAUCGCGGCAAUCCAGGCUACACUUGUGGAAGGACACUGAUAAAACAGAAAUCAAGAAGUUUUUUGGUCUUAUAAUUUGGAUGGGUUUGGUGAAAUUACCAAAACUGGCACUAUAUUGGCCUAAUAACCCAAUGUACGCACAACCGUUCGCUAAAAAUAUUAUGAGCCGCAACAGGUUUGAAAUAUUACUGAGGAUGUUGCAUUUUUCUAAUAACGAGGAGGCUCGUGAAAAUGAUCGUAUAUUGCUUACCACUAUAAACCUAAUGAAUAUAUGUGUGUGGAUGAGAGCAUGA